AUGCGCUGCAUUAGCUUCGCCGUGGCCCUUCUGGCUCUUUUUGCCGGCCUCUACAGCUACCUGAACGCGCGUCUGGAGCAAUUCUACAUCUUCGAUCCCUCCCACCUACAUGACCUGUCGCAACGGGCCAUUGCCGCUCACGGUAAUGACACCCGCUCCGUGGUCAAUUUCAUCGUCUCCGAGUUGGAGGAUAAGGUCUCAGCCACCCAUCUGAACAAGGAGGAAGAAUGGGUCUUCAACAACGCCGGUGGUGCCAUGGGCGCCAUGUAUAUUAUUCAUGCUAGUAUCACGGAGUACCUCAUCAUUUUCGGCACCGCCAUUGGCACCGAGGGCCACACCGGCCGCCACACGGCCGACGACUACUUCAACAUCCUCCAGGGAACCCAGCUGGCUUACGUGCCCGGGUCCUACGAGCCCGAGGUCUACCCCCAGGGAAGCGUGCACCACCUCCGCCGCGGCGAGGUCAAGCAGUACAAGAUGGACGAGUCGUGCUUUGCGCUGGAAUACGCUCGUGGCUGGAUCCCUCCGAUGCUCUUCUUCGGAUACGCCGACACCUUCUCCAGCACUCUGGACUUCCCGACCCUGUGGGCGACCUCGAGAAUCACCGGCCGGGAGAUGAUCGCCAACGCGCUCAAGGGCAAGAUGUAA